AUGGAGAUUCGGCGCAGUCUUGAGGCUAAUUUUCUAACAUGCAGAAUCUGCAGUAAACCUUUCACCACCCCUAAAGUUUUGACAUGCAUGCACACUUUCUGUAAACCAUGUCUGGACCAUAUUCUGGAGCAGGAAACCCUUGAAGCUGCAAGAAAACGUCGGGAACUAGAACAACUAUCAAGAUCUUCUGGCUAUUCUUCUUCAUCUUCCGUCUCACAGUAUAAAGGACGCUGGACUAGAGCAUUUAAAAACAAUGAUCACACUUACAAUCAAUCACGACUCUCUGAUGAUGUAAUUCAAUGUCCAGUAUGCAUGAAAAAAACUACUUUGCCCUCUGCAGGAGUACACGGCCUUCCAGAUGACCAAAUGGCUGGUAAAUUGGCGUGCAUUGUUGGGAAAAUCCCUAACUAUCCUGUCUGCGAUGUUUGUUCAUCAGGAAAUUCUGCUAUCUAUCCAGAUGUGAGUGCCACUGAGAACAACAACUCUUGCGUCAAACCUCAGAAUAAUCGUCCGUGGACUGACGCUGAGGAUGGGGACAGUACAAGUGACAUUCAAUCCUCAGAUGAAGAUAACGAUCUUCCUAGAAAUGGUACUAGAGCUCAUCAUGGGAGUAUUGGAAACCGUCCACGGAAUGGUCGUCGCUUUUUUCGAAAUGGUCUAAAGAAGAUGAAUGUGAAUGUAUCGGAUGAUGAACUUUUUGCCGCUUGCUCUAAUCACAAACCUGCUCAACCAAAUGAAGCCGUGGCUGCUUGUCUUGAAUGUGCCAAGCGACUGUGUGGAUUCUGUUUACAAAAUCAUGCUAAAGUUCCCGUCACCGCUAAUCACGUUAUCAUUCAACUAGAUCAGCUUACUCAAAUGUCAUGCCCACGUCAUCCCCGUGAAACGAAGCGGUUUUUCUGUCUUACGUGUGGAGAGCUGGUCUGUCUAGUGUGCACCUUUGAAUCUAGCAUUUCCGAACUUAAUUCUGACGUCGAUUCUGAGGAUCAAUGUCAACAGUCCGGUCAUGCUGAUCAUGAUGUUCUCUCUAUCCGUCAAGGACUUACUAAUCUUGAACAAAAUGUCAACAAAUCCAUAUUUGAUUGCAAGCAAAAGGCUGAACGCUUGGAAUUACUUCUUCUUGGAUUAAAAUCAUGUACGUCUAAUGUCCUCGCACUAAAAUCGGAAAUAACUGCAGCCGCUGAUAAUCUAAUUAAGAGUAUUAAUACUCAGAAAGAGAAUUUACUAAAGGAAUUAGAUGAAGAUGUUGGAGUUACUUCGGAUGAGCUAACUGCUCAGGGUGAGAUUAUCUCUGCUUCUCUUGCCAGUUGGGAUAAGCUAAAAGUGGAAGAAGAUGUAAUGGGUUCCCUUUACUCUCUUCACCCUGUCGAUGCCCUUUCCGAGGCAAGUCAAAUUCGAGAUCGAUAUUAUGGAAUUCUCGAAGUUCUUGCCUCUUCUCUUCCAACCCAAGGAAACUGGCCGAAAUUAAUCCAAGAAAUUGACACUCUGGAGCAAAAUUUCUCUCAGAUGGCGAAUAUGAGUCCAACAGAGAACAAUGGAAGAAUCGAGGAACUAAGUGAGACAGAUAGCUCUUCAAUUACAAGCAUCAAUCAACAAAAGUCUUCAAAGAAAGUUCGUUUUGCACCACCCGCCGAAGUUGGCAGUAUGGUACCAUCGUCAUACAGUGCUCAUUGGGCCCGUAGAUUGGGCAAAUUCAUCCCUGGUGAGGGGGUAAAUUUGGGAAGGCGUGCAACCCCAGGUCAACUCGUUGCUGAAGCCUUUGCAUUGAGGGAAAAAUUCAUCUGUCGGGCUGUUCAAGCUAGUCCUACGGAUGUGAAUGGAAGACGCUUACCAACAGAACGUGAUUCCAAAAGGCAUCGAGCUAUCCAGGUUGAUCUUCGACCUACCAAUCUACUUGAGACAUCUGCUCAAACUGAUCCUUGCACUAUUGCUGCUGCUUUACAGCGCAUCAAGGUUGACUUCGGCACACAGUACCAAAGUGCUGAUGUCAAUAUUCCCCAGACGUUCUUCCGAAGCUCCAAGCAGAUUACUGUGCAAAAGUAG